AGGAGCAUCUUCAGAGGGGAUGUCUGGUGGACCAACUGUAAGACGGGAGUCAGAGUUUACUCCAGAGAUUGUCUUGAGUGAGGAUGAAUGCAAGGAAUCAAUUGCAUUCAUGAAACAUUCUGCUGAUGAGGACACAGUCAAGAAGAAGAUGAAAUUGACAUUUGACUAUCGCCACAACAUGGUUCUUGACCCUAUGCAGUCAAGCGAUAUAUUGACAGUCUUUCCAUGUUUCAAAGACGUUAAAGGCUUGAUUGAGCAAGACUUUGUUCUGAUGUUUGGAGAAGGAGUGUCAGGCAAGCUACUGGAGAAAUGGACGACUGCAUUCAAGAAAAAAGUGAUUCAGCAGUCCAAAAAGCUUCCAACCACCAGUGAUUUAGAAGAACUCCUGCUAGCAGCUCAAUUUCCUGAUCACCCAGAAGAAGGUGUUAAUUUUGCUUGGGACUCUGACCUCUCUUCUAUACUACUGCUGUUGCAUCUGAUCCCACCUUCUGCCCAAGGCCGAAAGAGACCAGGAAAGGUGUCUGCGUCUCAAGCAGAGAAACAUCUUGUUGUCUUUAAGAAGAGUGGAACAAACAUUGAGGAGCAUCUUCGAGACAUCACUGCUAGUGCUCAGCCCUAUCUCCUGGCAGUGGGACCUCAGAAGAAUUCAGUUCACCAGUACUUCAUCGUUCUUGAUCAGCAUGCCAUUCCAUGCAAGUCAACCUCUUCUCUUGGUGCCUUUGACGAACUGUUUAAGGCACACUUUGUUUUUGGCACAUCUUACAAUACUACGCUACACAACAUGUACACUUUCAUUCAGACUACUGUAUACAACAUAGAUGUUGGCAAAGUGAAAGAGAGCCCUCGUGUUGCUGAGGUCAGAGCAAGGUUGCUUUGCUAGGUCCCUUAAGAUGUUCUGUCCUCAUGAAGUGUUUUGUUUGUCAGGCAGAGUUAAAUGGUUCAAAAAUGCUUCUUAGGCACUUCAGAUUAGUUCAUGGUUUUGUUCCUGGAAAGAAUCUUCACCUUAAGUGCAUAAAGGCUGGUUGUGGUUCUGUGUUUGGUACUUUUUCAGGUUUUCGGAAACAUCUGCACACAAAACAUGCUGAGAGUGAGCAGAAUUUUGACACCAUUGAUGGCCAUGAGACCGCCAAGGCAGAUGGACAAAAUAAUGCUGAAAUACUUGAUCAGAUGGGAAGUGCCGGAGAGAUGGCCACAAUAUCUGAAUUGUUAAAGUCAAAUAAGAUCACUUUCGAUAUGUGUGCAUCUGCUGUUGCACAACUUAAAGUUGCUGGUUUAAGUCAGUCUGCUAUAAAUGGUUUUGUUUCAUCUAUGGAAGAAAUGGUUU